UCGGGGGACGGCAGCCGGUCAUGACCACCAAGUCCUCGCUUAACGGGAGCGCUGACCACCUGAAAUACGGGGAGGCUCAGGAGAUCCCACCUCUGAGGAACUAUCUCUGUCUCACCAUGUUCACCUGUUUCUGCCCUGCAUGGCCCAUCAAUAUUGUGGCGUUGGUUUUCUCUUUGCUGUCCCAAAAGUGCUACGACGAAGAGGACUACGAUGGCUCCAAGCGUCUGGGUCGGAAAGCUCUCCACCUCGGGAUCGUUUCCUUUGUCAUUGGCUUUGUGAUCAUCACUGCCUACACCGUUGUACACUUUACCAUGCAUGUGGUGUGACCUCUUGAGGAGGAAGAGGAGGUGGAAGUGGAGAAGAGGUGCUGGAGAGAUCAGCUCCACGGGAUGCAAAGCAGCUCUGCUUGGCUUCUGUCAUCAACAGCUCUGGAGGUUGUGCAAGAGCUGGCAGAGACUUACUGUACUGCUGGAGACAUCUUUGUUUCAGCUGUUGUGUAAAUGAUAUCGCAAGGACACUUUUUACAGUUUUUAUAAGUGUAAGGUGAAAGGAAUGAUUAUGCACAGGACCCUACCAGCACUUCCACUGAUGAAACGUGGUGCUGCUCUGUAACUAAAGACCUAUAAUGGACUGUGUCACAUUUCCAUUAUAUCUUAUUGAUUACUGUACCUAUUGAUAACUGAUUACUGUGA